GCUGACUAGAUUUCAGUUGGCACUCACUUCAAUCACAACACUCACCUGCCUCUUCAUGUAAAUGUGUAGUAAGUUUAAUCAUUAUCAAAAUUAGACUUUCACGACAUUCAGUCAGUCAGUCAAUCAGUUGGUCAGUGAGUUAGUAUAAACAGUUAAAUGUCACGUUUUAUUUAACACUUCAAAUAACAGAAUAUUUAGAAUAAUUGCAAGACACUAUUAUAAUUAUCAUUGUUGAUUGAUACUUGUAAUUCUCUCUUGUUACACUACAUCAAAUUAAUCAGCAUCUGUUGACAUACACGCUUCCAUAGGGAUCUAUCGAUAUUCCCUGAAUAUUCACUAUUAACAUUAUGAUUGAUUUGGUUGUGGCUAACCGUGGAUUCUAGGAAGCACGUCUCUCCAUUCUCUCAUGCACUCAACAUGUGGAUGUACCUACACCCAUGUCAAUGAUAUUGCUCCUAUUGAGACUUGCACAUUAUUCCACCCACCACUUCGACUGCCAAUGUCUUAUAAAUUACUAACCAUAGACUCGUCAAUGAAGAUGACUAGCAGCAUGAAUGUGAUGAUGGAAUUGAAAUCUUCUCGACAAACUCUUCAAGAAAUUGAUAAAUAUACGAAGAGGGUUAUAGUUUUUCUUUUUGUGGAAACAAGCAUUACAUCAUUCGUAACAUUCAGCCUUCACUUCCUACACGAAGACAAAAAUGGAUGGAAAACCAUUUUACUUACAGUUAUAUUAGCUUUCAGCAUUGUACUCGAAAUAGUUACCAUUUCGCUGCUUACAAUAUUGAAGUUAACACGAAGGUUUCCAACAAAUUUACUCCUGACAAUGUUACAUUCUCUUUGCAUAUCUGCUUUGUUCGGGAUUCCUUUUGCUGAUAUCGGCAUUUUGUGGCAUCUUGCAGUUUGGGGAGUAGCUUUGGUACUCUAUAUUGCAACUACAGCUGUUGGUGCAGUCAUUCGUAAUGAUAUAUUCCAUUAUUGGGUGUUGUGGUUAAUAUACUAUAUCGUAACUAUCGCUGUCACCAUAACCAUUGCCCUUCUUGUCUACUUCGAAAAAAUAGCGAUCGCACUGGAAUUCGGUCAAAUAACACUAGGAGAACCACAGUUCCGACUAUUCGACGCGGAUUACUGUCUGGCAUCAAUAUUCUCGCAUUCUAUGCUCAUCCUCUUUCUAGUCACAUGCAAUAUUGCCUUCACAGUGACAAAAAGUCAACAGAAUCAAACUCAUCACGUUUACGACAUUUUCUGA